AUGUCGGGCAGCGGCGGGGUGAAGAAGCGGGGCUCGGCCGCCUCCUCCGGCUCGGCGCAGGAGGAGGAGCGGCAGGCGCGGGAGAAGAUGCUGGAGCCCGGCGGCGGCGGCGGGGCCCAUGAGAACGGCUGCGCCGGGGCGCUGCCGCCGGGCGCGGAGCUGGGCCCCCCGGGCGGCGGGGACGGCGUGGCGCUGAAGCGCUCCAUCACCCUGGUCAACGGCGUGGCCAUCAUCAUCGGCACCAUCAUCGGCUCGGGCAUCUUCGUGACCCCCACCGGGGUGCUGAAGGAGGCCGGCUCCCCGGGGCUCUCGCUGGUGGUGUGGGCCGUCUGCGGGCUCUUCUCCAUCGUGGGCGCCCUGUGCUACGCCGAGCUGGGCACCACCAUCUCCAAGUCCGGGGGGGACUACGCCUACAUGCUGGAGGUGUACGGCUCCCUGCCCGCCUUCCUCAAGCUCUGGAUCGAGCUGCUCAUCAUCCGGCCUUCCUCCCAGUACAUCGUGGCCCUGGUCUUCGCCACCUACCUGCUCAAGCCCCUCUUCCCCAGCUGCCCGGUGCCUGACCAAGGGGCCAAGCUGGUGGCCUGCCUCUGCAUCCUGUUUCUCACAGCGGUGAAUUGUUACAGCGUGAAAGCCGCCACCCGCGUCCAGGAUGCGUUUGCAGCGGCAAAACUGCUGGCUCUUGCUUUGAUCAUCAUCCUUGGUUUUGUGCAGCUUGGGAGGGGUGAUGUGGCAAACCUGAGUCCUGAAUACUCCUUCGAAGGCACAAACGUUGAUGUGGGGAACAUCGUUCUGGCUUUGUAUAGCGGUCUCUUUGCCUAUGGAGGCUGGAAUUACUUGAAUUUUGUCACUGAGGAGAUGAUAAACCCCUACAGAAACCUGCCUCUAGCCAUCAUCAUUUCACUGCCCAUAGUCACCUUAGUUUACGUGUUGACGAACUUGGCUUACUUCACUACCCUGUCAACAGAACAAAUGCUGUCGUCUGAAGCCGUGGCCGUGGACUUUGGGAACUAUCACCUUGGCGUGAUGUCUUGGAUCAUACCCGUCUUCGUUGGCUUAUCCUGUUUUGGGUCUGUCAAUGGAUCCCUCUUCACUUCUUCUCGGCUUUUCUUCGUGGGAUCCCGGGAGGGUCACCUGCCCUCUGUCCUGUCCAUGAUUCACCCCAAGCUUCUCACUCCGAUGCCAUCUCUCAUCUUCACAUGCUUCAUGACCUUGCUGUACGCCUUCUCCAAUGACAUCUUCUCCGUCAUCAACUUCUUCAGCUUCUUCAACUGGCUCUGCGUGGCUCUGGCCAUCGUCGGCAUGAUCUGGCUCCGCUACAAGAAGCCGGAGCUGGAAAGGCCCAUCAAGGUUAACCUCUUGCUGCCCAUCUUCUUCAUCCUGGCCUGCUUAUUCCUGAUCGUGGUCUCCUUCUGGAUGACACCAGUGGAAUGUGCUAUCGGCUUUGCUAUCAUCCUCAGUGGGAUCCCCGUUUACAUCUUUGGGGUUUGGUGGAAAAACAAACCCAAGUGGAUCCUCCAAAGCAUCUUUUCCGUGACAGUCCUGUGCCAGAAGCUGAUGGAAGUGGUUCCUCAAGAGUCUUAAGGAGGAAAAGCAAAGACGUUCGACUCGGGGAAACGCACAAUAUUAUUUUAAAACAACGCAAAAGAAAAUCUUUCUGAUCCCUCAUAAAUCUAGAUACCCUGAGCACCUUGGCAGAGCUGCUGCAUCCCUGAGACUCCACUCCCUGGUGUGCUCUGCUUUCCCCUCCCUGGCCUCAUCACCACCACCAAGCCAGGCAGCUGAGCAACACUUUGAAGAAGAGUUCUUGGGGUACGAAUUUAGUCUAGGAAAAGGAGUUUCUACUGGUAUCCUCAAGAGGCUCCAGCACGUCUGGUUACCAGGAAACUGAUCAGGCACUCUCUGUCUGUGUGUGUGUGUCUGUGUGUGUGAUUGAUGGCUGGACUUCGGUUAUGUUUGUGCUUAUUUGUUGUCUUGUUUUAAUUUAAGGUUAGCAUUUAGUUUCUCCAUCACAGCAGCUGCAGCUGAAUCUGCUAAAGGAAACAGAAAUUCCAAGGCAGUCAAUGUUACACAUGUGCCUGUGCAAGGGAUGGGGACUUCACACUGUCACAGGGCUGCAAAACAGUCCUCCAAGUCAUUUUCUUUCAAAUGCAACAAACCCAGCCAGCUUACCAAGCAAGAUCUCCAGAAGGCUAAACACUUCUGGGCACAAGUAGAUAAAACAAAUGGACUGAGAUAGACAUGAUGCUGAUAUUAAACAAGGACUUGCACUGAUUUCAACUGGAUCCCUGGCCCUUUUUUGCUGCCCCCCGUGAAUUUUUUUUAUUAUUGUUUUUAGUGAUACUAAAGCUGUAAUCCAUUGGAUAUAUAUAUUUAUAUAUAUAUAUAUAUAUGGUUUUGGGUUUUCCCCCCACCUCAGGGACUCCCAAGUGUUUCUGCUUUUUACCGACUUAAAAUAAAUAUUAGCAAAUUCUUAGAGAUGUUUGCAAAGCAAAGAUUGCUCGAGAGGCGUUGUUUGAUAAUUGGCACACGCAUGUGCACACACACAA